UCCUAACAGCCACACCGUUCACACUGGAGCUUUUCUCACAGCAGCAGCUUCUGACUGCGCACACCGGACAUUCAUCACGUUGAAAAAGCCUCUCACGGCUGGAAGCGGCGACAGAAGAAGAACAAGGACACGUUCCCGGCUCGAGUAUCCCUCCUCACCCUACCUCGUUGGUUAGAACCCGUCUUCGUUUCUCCCGUUUUAAUUUUUUAAUUUUUAAACCCUUGACAGUUUCUCCGUGGCGAACUCAGGUUUCUUUUGCUGACAUGGUAGAUUAUCACGCUUCCAAUAACCAGCAGUCCGCUGGCGAGGUGAACGCCUACAUGGAGCAGGAGAAUGACUGGGACCGGGACCUGCUGCUGGACCCUGCCUGGGAGAAACAACAGAGGAAGACGUUUACGGCGUGGUGCAACUCCCACCUGAGGAAGGCUGGUACGCAGAUCGAAAACAUCGAGCAGGACUUCAGAGAUGGACUAAAACUCAUGCUGCUGCUGGAGGUCAUCUCAGGCGAGCGGUUACCCAAACCAGAGCGAGGCAAGAUGAGGGUCCACAAGAUCAACAAUGUGAACAAAGCUUUGGAUUUUAUUGCCAGCAAGGGAGUCAAGCUGGUGUCUAUUGGAGCAGAAGAAAUCGUUGAUGGGAAUGCCAAGAUGACCCUAGGAAUGAUCUGGACCAUCAUCCUCCGCUUUGCCAUCCAAGACAUCUCGGUUGAAGAGACCUCCGCCAAGGAGGGUCUUCUUCUGUGGUGCCAGAGAAAGACUGCUCCAUACAAGAACGUCAAUGUGCAGAACUUCCACAUCAGUUGGAAGGACGGUCUCGCCUUCAACGCUCUGAUCCACAGACACAGACCCGAUCUCAUCGACUACGACAGUCUCAGAAAGGAUGAUCCCGUAACUAACCUAAACAAUGCCUUUGAGGUGGCUGAGAAGCACCUGGACAUCCCUAAAAUGUUGGAUGCUGAAGACAUUGUGAACACUGCUCGUCCAGAUGAGAAAGCCAUAAUGACUUAUGUGUCCAGUUUCUACCAUGCGUUCUCUGGAGCACAGAAGGCUGAGACGGCCGCAAAUCGUAUCUGCAAAGUUCUGGCUGUCAACCAGGAGAACGAGCAGAUGAUGGAGGACUACGAAAAGCUGGCGAGUGAUCUGCUGGAGUGGAUUCGUCGGACAAUCCCCUGGCUGGAGGACAGAACCCAAGAGAAGACCGUAAAUGAUAUGCAGGCAAAACAGGAGGACUUCAGAGACUACCGCACAGUGCACAAACCACCCAAGGUUCAGGAGAAAUGUCAGCUGGAGAUCAGCUUCAACACUCUGCAGACUAAACUGAGACUCAGCAACAGACCAGCCUUCAUGCCAUCAGAAGGACGCAUGGUGUCUGACAUCAACUCGGCGUGGCACACUUUGGAGGGAGCAGAAAAGGGCUACGAGGAGUGGAUCCUUAGUGAAAUCAGACGUCUGGAGAGACUGGAGCAUCUGGCAGAGAAGUUUCACCAAAAGGCAGCCAUCCAUGAGUCCUGGACGGAUGGUAAAGAGGCCAUGUUGACACAAAAAGACUACGAGACCUCCACCCUGUCAGAAGUGAAGGCGUUGCUACGGAAACACGAGGCCUUUGAGAGCGACCUGGCUGCCCAUCAGGACAGAGUGGAGCAGAUUGCUGCUAUCGCGCAGGAACUCAAUGAACUGGAUUACUACGACGCCGCCAGCGUCAAUGCCCGCUGUCAGAAGAUCUGUGACCAGUGGGACACUCUGGGAACUCUGACCCACAACCGCAAAGACUCACUGGAGAGAACAGAGAAGCAGCUAGAGUCGAUAGAUGAGCUCUACCUAGAGUACGCCAAGAGAGCAGCGCCUUUCAACAACUGGAUGGAGGGAGCCAUGGAGGACCUGCAGGAUAUGUUCAUCGUUCAUAACAUUGAUGAAAUCCAGGGUCUGAUCACGGCCCACGAGCAGUUCAAAGCCACCCUGCCUGAGGCCAACAAGGAGCGCGAGGCCAUCCAGUCCAUCCAAGCUGAGGUGCAGAAGAUCGCCCAGAGCAACGGCAUCAAACUGAGCGGAGCCAACCCCUACACCACCAUCACACCCGAGAGCAUCGACAACAAAUGGGAAAAGGCGAUGGCCAUGGUGCCACAACGAGAUAAAGCCCUGCAGGGAGAGCUGAACAAACAGAACUCCAACGACACCCUGAGAGCCACAUUCGCCACUCAGGCCAACGCUGUCGGCGCCUACAUUCAGGCCAAGAUGGAGGAGAUUGGCAGGAUAUCCAUUGAGAUGAACGGCACUCUUGAGGAUCAGCUGACCCACCUGAAGGAGUACCAGCAGACCAUCAUGUCCUACAUGCCUGAGAUCAACAAGCUGGAGGGACACCAUCAGCACAUCCAGGAGGCCCUCAUCUUCGACAACCAGUACACGUCCUACACCAUGGAGCACCUCCGUGUUGGUUGGGAGCAGCUGCUGACCACGAUUGCCAGAACCAUCAACGAGGUGGAGAACCAGAUCCUGACACGUGACGCCAAGGGAAUCAGCCAGGAGCAGCUGUACGAGUACCGUGCCUCCUUCAACCACUUUGAUAAGGAUCGCGGCGGGGCUCUGCAGCCUGAGGAGUUCAAGGCCUGUUUGAUCAGUUUGGGCUACGAUGUGGAGAACGACAAGACGAAGCGAUCAGGGCAGAUGGUUUCAGAUGAUUUCCGGGCUCUACUCAUUUCUACGGGAAACAACCUGGGUGAUGGAGAGUUUAAUCGCAUCAUGGGAAUCGUGGACCCCAAUGGCACCGGCAGCGUCACCUUCCAGGCCUUCAUCGACUUCAUGUCCACGGAAACGACAGACACGGACAGCGCCGAUCAGGUCAUCGCCUCCUUCAAGAUCCUGGCUGGUGAUAAGAACUUCAUCACUGCAGAGGAGCUGAGGCGGGAGCUCCCCCCAGACCAGGCGGAGUACUGCAUCGCCCGCAUGGCGCCCUACACAGGACCCGACGCCGCUCCCGGCGCCCUCGACUAUAUGUCCUUCUCCACCGCUCUGUAUGGAGAGAGUGACCUGUAGGGGAGGGGAUGCGUGGGUGAAGGGGGCACACCUGGAAUCCAGCAUUGUGUUGGAAGGUGCCCCUGAAUGUGCUGGAUUAGAAACUAUUGGAAUAAUAAUCCCUGACCCUCAGCUGUUUAAACAUGACGGUUAAUACAAACAGGCACAUUCAGGGGCAGCAAGGGGUGGGGGGGCAUUACGGGUUCUUAGCUUCACCCUCUACUCCUGUGAGGGGUCAAACAGGGGAGGGGCAGCUUCUAGGACUGGAGUCUGAGGGGUGGGCACAUGCCAAUCUGAUACUUAUGCUAAUUUUUUGUUUAUUAUAUUUUUUUCUUCUUGCCAGUGUGUGUGUGGGGGGGAGGGGGGUGUAAUGUGGCACCUGGCAAGGUUUGUGUAUUAGAUUCUAGAGAGAUAUAUGCUGUGGGGGUCAAGCAGGUUGGUGGGAGGGGGAGUUCUUUGACCAACCUGGAAACAAAAAGAACAUUUUUUACCCAUAAUCCCCAUGUUGCUAGAUCAGGCGACCUGUCUCACAUACUCUUUUCCUCCCCCCCGUCUUUAUUUCCUUUGUACUUUCUGGAGCAGGUGGGUGGGAGGGAGGGAGGGAGGGGGCUCAGCGCUGUACAGACUUUUUUUUUCAGUGCGAGAAACGACACACGAACAGUCCUAGUCAGUAAAGAGGAAUAUGGGUUUCCAGUGUGCAGAGCAGAAUUUAUGAAUAAAAUAAUAAAGCAGAAACUCGGAGUCAGUGAUGUACACGGAGCAGUUUUUUUUCAGGUUUUAUCAGCAGAUAUGUUUGAGCUUUUAUAUGUGUUUGUUCUUUUUAACUAAGAAAAACACUUGGUCAUGAGCGGAAGUUAGGAGACCAUAUCUGAAGUCUUGGUGAUGGGCAGCAGCAGUUUUACAAACUUUUCUUCUAUGAAACUUUUCAUUUCAGCUUAGUGCAUUUAAAUCCAAAACUAGUAACUUAUAAAAAAAAAAGGUAAACUUGACAAAAUUAAGUAUACUUCUGAUUGAAGAUGCUCACUUUAACAGCCGUGGACAUUUCCCCAGGCAAGUUUUUGUAAAACGUAAUAAAGUCCUAAAACGUGCCUGUCUGUAGACGCAGUCCUGUUCCUCCGUUUUCACUUUCUCCUUACCUCACUACUCCAUUCGUUUUGUUGUUUCAAGGGAAUGCAAACUAAAGAAGGGAGGAAAAUUGGUGAAUUUUUAUGUGAACAUUCCAUAAUGAUGAAGAAAUAAAAUAAAGAGAAAAAAGCUAUGCAAUCAUGUUGUGAAUAUUCUGUUGAGUUCUUUUAGGAAUUGAUCAGCCCCUUUCUGAAUACAUUUCCAGUCCAAAUUAAACAGAAAAAGUGAUUUCCUCAUUUGUUGAUCGUUGAUGGGAGUCGAGGGGGGAGGCAGCGAGAGGAGGGCCGACAGACGGGAAAGGAAGUGAGAAGAAAAGACUCGGACCAAAAUAUGACCUUUUUUUUUUCAAUUUCUCCCUAUUCUUCCCUGAGAUGUUGGACUUAAAUGAACUCUGAAAUUGAUUUUUUUCUUCUUUUUUUGUACUCUUUAAUAAACCUUAUCUGCUGUACUGGAAACUGCUACGCCUUCUAUCUAAUGAAAAGUGAAUUUCACAAAGCACACAUAAAGUUUCCUUAUAAAAUCC